AUGACUAUUGAUAUAAUUGCUAAUAAGGCUGAUUUUCAACGACAUUUAAAUGGUUGUGAACGACGUUUAAAUGAUUUAACAAAAUCUCUUCAAAUAAUAGAAAAUUUAUCUCAAAACUUAUUACAAAAUAAUAAUAAUCAAGAAAAACAAGAAUUAUAUUUUAAUCAAUUAAAUGAUAUUAUAUCACAAAUAAAAUUUCUUUAUUCAUCUAUAUUAAAAUUAGAACAAUGUUCAUAUUCAUUUCAUGGAAAAAAACGUUUAAAUUUUUUAAAAAUAAAUCUUGAAAAAAAUCAAAUAAAAUUUGAACAAAUACAAAAAUAUUCUCAAACAAAAUUUGGUUAUGAAUAUAAAGAAAAUGAUAUUCAACAAUAUAAUAAUGAACAACAAGAACAAUUAAUAAAAUUAAUUAAUAAAAAUUUUAAUGAUAAACAAAUUGAAUUAGAUUAUAUUCAUCAACAUAAUAUUUUAGUUAAUCAUAUUGAAAAAGAUUUAACUGAUUUAAAUGAUACAUUUCAUGAUUUACAUCGUAUUGUACAUGAACAAGGUACAAUGGUUAAUAAUAUUGAAUUAUCAUUAACAAAUACAGAUAAUAUGAUAUAUGAAGCAACAGAAAAUGUUAAAACAACUGUACAAAUAAAAAAACGUACAAAACAUAUAAAAUGGAUUUUAAUUAUUAUUUUAAUUAUUGCUUUUCUUCUUCUUAUAAUUAUUAUUUAUUUUUCAAUUAAAUUAUCUUCUCCUCUUCGUUAA